AUCUUGAGCCACACAAAUCGCACUAGUAGCUAGGAAAAUCAUACAGAUCAGUAGCUAACGAAAAUGUCGCACGGAGACCACAGCCGAGAUCCUUGCCCUUGGGUCAUUAUUAACGAUGCGGGGUCUGCCUUUUCUAUGGGAGCUAUUGGCGGAGGUAUCUGGCACGGUAUCAAGGGAUCUCGAGCAUCUCCUCGUGGUGAACGACUAGCAGGUUCCCUCAGCGCAAUCAAGGCUCGAGCACCGGUAUUGGGAGGGAACUUUGGGAUCUGGGGAGGACUGUUCUCGAGUUUCGACUGUGCCGUCAAGGGGUACAGGCAAAAGGAAGAUCCUUGGAACGCCAUCAUCGCUGGUUUCUUUACGGGUGGAACGCUGGCUGCCCGAUCGGGUCCUAAGGCGGCUUUCGGAGGAGCAGUGGGAUGUGCCAUCCUGUUGGGAGUAUUCGAAGGUGUCGGUGUCUUGAUGGGCCGAAUGUUCGCUCAACCCGUACCCCAACUGCCCCUCCCCGAGGCUGCACCAGCACCAUCAGCCGCCAUCACUGCCUAGACCCACACGCACCCCCGUGCUCCCCUCUUCCCACUCAUCUUCUUCUCCCUCUCGGUACCAAGCGCCUCCUUUGCACCUCUACAAGUUGACCUCUUCGUAACCUACCGUAUCAUACAUUGCUUUGCCAGCGAGAAGGCAUAUUCUUUCUCUUUACGACGAGCUGUGCCGGCCGUUCAGCGAAGCUACGACAAGCAAUAUUGUAACAUUACCAGUAGGACCACGCUCUAUGAAACACUACUAUCAACUAGAUGAUCGGACUGGAGGUGUUAGGAAGGAUU